AUGGCCUCAGCAACAUUCCAUCUUGGCUUUUUAGGUGCCCCUGCUUGCAAAGUGAAUCCUGCAACAUCUCUAUCUCGAACCUUCGAGCAGUUCCGAAAGAAAUCUGAAGCUACUCAUCCCACACCCGACUCGCCAGAACUUGCCGAACGCAAUCGCUUUUUGGAUCUCCACGCCGGGCAUAAGGACGCAGCCCAGCUGUUUGGUAAACUUCUCGACACUGCUGGAUUGGAAAAGGUGCAAGAACACAACAACCAACUAGCCAGUGUUUUUCGCUACUUGGACCUGAGCGCUCGAAAGCAAGGAAGUGUCAGCAAAGAAUGGCGGCAUUUUACUCAGGGCAGAGAAGGAUCCCUGGACUACCUCAAGGAGGAGCUUGAACUCACCGAUGAAGCAGAUGGAGACAAAAUCAAUACUUUGAUCCGGCGGGCUCACUUUGUCCGAUUCCCCGAGGUCGACGCUUCAACAUUGACAGGAGAUCAGAUGCUUGCUGCACUUGACGGUUCCACCGCUUCCGCAGCAAAUGAACUCAAGCCGGUUGACUCAAUCCAGUGGGCUGCCGAUAUAGUCCGGCGAGGUUUCGAUGCCGAAUAUCAGAGACACGAUGUGAUUGUUGCUCCAACCCUCGAGAAAUUACAAAGCCUCCUCGGUCCGAACUUGCCAAGCACUUCUUCCCCGAUUUGA